CCCAGUUCACACGCUGAGAGCUGAGAGUGUUAUUUCGGAACUAUACCAUAGCAUAGGUAACAUUGUUACUUAUGAUGUGACUAUACAAAGAAAGAACCAAAACAAAUUAUUUUUCAAUUGAAAUCUUCAAAUUGUAUUUAAUUUUUCCUAUACUGUUUUGUUUAUUUAUAAUUAGCAAAACAAAAAAAUGUCAAGAUCAGAUGUAAUUCCCACGUUGACCCUUGAUUUAGCAAAGCAAAUAUUAACUAAAACCUUAGAAGAAUUACAAAAACCAGAUAAUGUACAAAAAUUGGAAGAAGCAAGAGACAAUGUUGGAAAUGAGAUGUUGAAAAUGAUGCAAUACCUUUUUCCAAUCGUUAUGCAAGUACAAAUGGAAGUUCUUAAAGAAUUUGGAUACCCCGAGGGACGAGAUGGUAUUAUAAAAUUUUCUCAAAUGCUGAGAAAUUUUGAAAGAGAUGAUAACGAAAUUGCGAGGAUACACGGCCUGAUAAAAGCAUUCUAUUUACCACCAGUAUCUGUCCAUACAACAAACGAAUCGCCCAGUGACGAAAAGUCAAGUAGUUGAUUUUAUACUUGUUUUUGACUGCAUAUAAAAACUCAUCUAUACUGGUGUAAUCCCAAUAUAUUUAUGAAAAUUCA